UUAUAUGAAACCAUAACAAUAAACAAAACUAUUGCGGUAACUUUUGCAAAUAGCUUUAGAAUUUAUUAUCAGUGUAUUAUUAUAUAGAAUAAUUGACUAUUUGUACUAUUGUGAUGGAUAACCGAAAGAAAAAAAGAUCUGAAAAUUGGAGUACUGAGGAAAAAGAUGUACUUCGCGAAUUAAUUGCACAAUCACGCCAUAUUAUAGAGAACAAAAAUACAAAAGCUUCUUCCAACAAGAAAAAGACUGAAGAAUGGAAAAACAUAGCACAGAGGAUCAAUGUACUCAUGGGAAAGAAUAGGUCUGAUGGUGAUGUUAAAUUAGCGUGGAAAAGAAUGAAGCUUGCUGCUAAAGCUAAUUCGUCCACCCAUAGAAAUCACCAAAUGCAGACAGGGGGUGGUGAAAAGCCUAAGUCACCUUCGCAAGAAGAUCUAGCGAUUAUGGCUAUUGCUCCACAUGAUUUUAUUAUGGAAUUCAAUAACUAUGACAGUGAUGCUAACAAAACAGCUGUUCAAUUACAACCCCUAGAAGUUAAGGAAGUAAUAGCUGGAUCUAGUAGUGCUUUUACUCCCUCAAACAUGCCCCUUGAAUACAAUGAUGUGGUAGAAGUGAUAAUGGACCAAGAUGCCCCAAAUGAAAAUGUGACGACUGCCGUUACUACUGACGAAAAAAAAAACAACAUUCAUAAUAAAAGGGCCCUCAAAAUAUGUAAGCAAGAUUACCUUAAGUUUAUAUUAAUCUUAUUAUUUACUAAGAACAAAUUAGGAAUAAAGGAUAAAUAUUUGAUUUUUCAGAAAAGUAGCAACACAAGAAAAAAUAUUAGAGAGUAACACUCAAUUUAAAAAAAAACAACUGGAAAUGCUAGCAGAAGAACAUGAAUACAA